AUGAGUUCUCUUCUUACCAACUUUACCAAUAAUCCUCUUCAAUACUUUUUAAAUAAUAACCCAAAUAUCUCCUUGUGUCAGCAAGCUGGUAAUCCAUUCUUUACGACUUCAUCUCAACCCAAUAACUCACUAACCUCGAACCAAAUGACCACUGGAAGUAUCAAUACUCCAUGCAACGCUCAAACAAGUGUAUUUGAUCCCUCUACAGCAGCCAAUCUUGCUUCUUUAGUCGGAAACGUGACCCUACCUUCCCAAUCGGUAUCCACAUCAUCCUUUAAUAAUGAAUGGAUGAAUCAACUCUUACAUCAAAUAGAUCAAUCUCUUGACAUUCUCUCCAAUAAUUUGAUACGUGAUAUUGAGUGUAUCGCCAUGGAAAGUGGCUCUCAGCUCAAGAAGAGAAAAUUCUCUGAAGAAUUCGAAGAGGACUCUCAAUGCCAAAAUGAACUCUUGAGCAAUGAGGCGUUGGAACUUCAACAACUUCAAGAAUGGAUUCAAAGCAAAAAACGUAAGAAGAACAACUCUCAAGGAAAGAAAGAAAUACUUAAAGAAUUUCUCAUGCUCAACAAGAACAAUCCCUAUCCGACUGAAAGACAAAAAGAGAUUUUUAUGAAAGAACUUGACUAUGAUAAGAAACAACUCAACAAUUGGUUCAUUAAUGCACGAAAGAGAUAUUUAAGAAAGAAGGUUGCUUAUACCCCUCCUGAUAUUAGAAAUAAGAAUGAAUUUGAUUCCAUUUUGGAGAAUAAGGUGAGACAAAGCAUGAUGACGAAUGGCAACCCUCAAGUUCAUACCGAAUGA